CGAUACCCACUUGGUCUCCUCUGGUCAUCGUCUUCAUUUGGGGCCAAAGAAUAAAAUUAGGGUUGCAGAGGAUUUCAAUUUCCCGAGGAAAGUACCGAAAACAUGAGACAUACAUGGUGGUGGGUGCCCGUACUUUUCGCCGCCGUUCUCUUUUCCGACUUUGUCUUAUCUGAUCAGCUCAUCCCAGCUCAUACAGGCGGUACAUUUGGUCGGAGCUCCCGGGAACCAAAAUUCAAAAUUGAGUUCCAUCCAGAAGACUCACCUUUCCAUCCAGAUGAUGACCAAGAGUCUAUUGUUAUGCCCAACAAAAAUGGAGAAAAGUUUCUCUGUUUUUUGCCUAAAGUGGAGAAAUCGAAGAGUGGAAAAGUUGUUGCUCAACAGAAUAUAAGUAGCAUGAUUGUGGAGUCUGAAACACGUAUGAAAUUGAAGACCCCAGAUGAGCUCCUAGAAGUGCUGAAAGAUCGAUGCUUUAUCAGGCAAGAGGGAUGGUGGUCAUAUGAGUUCUGUUAUCAAAAUCGGUUGCGGCAAAUUCAUUUGGAGGGUGAGAAGGUGGUUCAAGAGUUUAUCUUGGGAGUAUAUGACGCUGAAGCUACAGAGGCUAACAAUCAAAAUCUUUCUGAUUUAUCCACAUUGAAGGAUCCUCGCUCAAAAGAUGCAUCACAAAGGUAUCAUGCUCAUAUCUUUACGAAUGGAACUCUCUGCGAUUUAACAAAUGAACCCCGCCAAACAGAAGUCAGGUUUGUCUGUUCUGAGCCCAGAGCAAUGAUAAGUUCGAUCACAGAGUUGUCAACAUGCAAGUAUGCACUAACAUUUCAGUGCCCGACACUUUGCAAGCACCCAUUGUUCCAUGAAGAAAGACCAGUUUCUCAUACUAUUCACUGCAAUGCUCUUCCCAAGGAAGAACCAAAAGCAGACGCAGAGGCAGCGGCAGAGGCCGACAGUUUUCAAGGGGGAAAGAUAACAAUGGUUACAGACAUCGAGUAUCCCCCUGCUAUCAAUAUAGAGCAUGCAACUUGAAUUUUAGACUAUUUUUUGGAAAAAAAAGUAUUGUCAACACUGCAGAUGGCUGAGGAGUGUUCGUUUCCACACCCAUCGCUGAGCUCGAGCUGUCAGCAGUUAGCGUCUAUGAGUAUGGCCCUUUUGUUUCCAUUUAAUCAUAGAUAAUCAAAUUACUCUGUAAAUUUACAGUAUGUUUUAGAGAAAUACCUUCUAUUCAAAUCAAUAUUAUCUUUAUGUGUAGAGGACUACAAUUCCUUGUGAUGUUCAAAGGAAAGUCUCAUUUUUCCCAUCUGG